AAGAAGAUGAAUGGGACACUGGACCAUCCGGACCAGCCAGACAUCGAUGCCAUCAAGAUGUUUGUGGGUCAAAUUCCACGCACCUGGUCUGAGAAGGAACUCCGAGAACUAUUUGAACCUUAUGGUCCUGUUUAUGAAAUUAAUGUUCUCAGAGACAGAAGUCAAAAUCCCCCACAGAGCAAAGGUUGUUGUUUUGUAACAUAUUAUACUCGUAAAGCAGCAUUAGAAGCACAAAAUGCUCUUCACAACAUGAAGAUACUUCCUGGGAUGCAUCACCCCAUUCAAAUGAAACCUGCAGACAGUGAAAAGAAUAAUGCUGUGGAAGAUAGAAAACUUUUUGUGGGAAUGAUUUCAAAGAAGUGUAAUGAGAAUGACAUCCGGCUUAUGUUUUCACCAUAUGGGCAGAUUGAAGAGUGCAGGAUAUUGAGGGGUCCUGAUGGCUUGAGUCGAGGUUGUGCAUUUGUGACCUUUACUGCAAGGCAGAUGGCCCAAUCUGCCAUUAAGGCAAUGCACCAAUCACAAACAAUGGAUGGCUGUUCUUCUCCAAUUGUUGUGAAGUUUGCUGACACACAAAAGGAUAAGGAACAGAAGCGAAUUGCACAACAGCUCCAGCAGCAAAUGCAGCAACUCAGUGCUGCCUCCAUGUGGGGAAACCUGGCUGGGCUAAAUACACUGGGGCCCCAAUACUUAGCACUCCUGCAACAGACUGCAUCUUCUGGGAACCUGAAUGCACUGAGCAGCCUUCACCCAAUGUCAGGGUUAAAUGCCAUGCAGCUGCAGAAUCUGGCUGCUUUGGCAGCUGCUGCUAGUGCCACUCAGAACACCCCAAGUGGCACAAAUGCCCUGACUAACUCAAGCAGUCCUCUCAGUGUCCUCACCAGCUCAGGUACGGGACAGCAGGCUCAUUCCUCCUGGGAAACAUACAAGGCUGGCUCUUCUCCCAACUCAAGUGGAAGCUCUUCAGUGAACCCCAUGGCUUCACUCGGAGCUCUACAGUCACUAGCAGGUGCAACGGCAGGGUUGAAUGUGGGUUCGUUAGCAGGGAUGGCGGCUCUAAAUGGAGGGCUAGGUGGGGGGGGCCUGUCGAAUGGGACGGGAAGUACAAUGGAAGCCCUGAGUCAGGCCUAUUCAGGCAUCCAGCAGUAUGCAGCUGCUGCCUUACCAUCGCUCUACAACCAGAGCCUACUUACACAACAAAGCCUGGGAGCUGCUGGCAGCCAGAAAGAAGGUCCUGAGGGUGCAAACCUUUUUAUAUACCACCUACCACAGGAGUUUGGGGAUCAGGAUCUUCUGCAGAUGUUCAUGCCUUUUGGAAAUGUCAUCUCUGCCAAGGUCUUCAUUGACAAACAGACUAACCUCAGCAAGUGUUUUGGUUUUGUAAGUUAUGACAAUCCUGUCUCAUCCCAGGCUGCAAUUCAGUCGAUGAACGGUUUCCAGAUUGGCAUGAAACGCUUGAAAGUUCAACUGAAAAGAUCCAAAAAUGACAGCAAACCAUACUGAGCUUUCCUUUCAAAUGGACUUGGUUAGAAAUGUUCUCUGAUCUCUCCGUGCCCGUUUGUUCAUCGUGUGCCUAGCAUGUCGAUGUGGCGUCAAAAGUUCAUCGUCCAGUCCUUGUCCUCUGAGCUUCUCUGAUGCUUGAAACUCUCACCUUUGACCUUGUGUUACCUUUUGACGCUUAUUAAUUAUACAAUUUUUUGUUUGUUUUUUCAUUUCUGUUGUUUGUGCUGCCAGUCAGUUGUGCUAGGAAGACUGCUGUAAUGAAGAAAAAAAAACUUAACUCAAUUUGAAGUUGCCAUUUGAAUAUUGUUAUGAGUGCGUCAGAGAAUCUAUUUUUCUAGGACUUGAAAUAACCACUAGAUUUUUGCAAAAGUAUUUUUUUGGCUUGAGUUGUGUGCGUUCUGGGUUCACUUGUGUUGCUCCCUACCUGAGCAGUCUUCCUAGCACAUCAUGUGUAGUUUUAUGUGUACUAGCAGCCAGCAGUUUGAUAAAUCUACUCUGUGUUUCUCUCUCUCUCUCUCUCUCUCUCUCUCUCUCUCUCGUUCCUCACCUUUUUGUUAGAAUGUCCGUCACAUUUUGCUGCGACUGAGGAUGACUUUGUACUUUUGUGCUUUAGGGUAGGUUGGCAUGAUGUGUUUGGGGAGUUCUGUGUUAAAUGAGUGGCACCAUUAUUGGCUAUUUUAAGUUGCCCCUUUCCAAAGCGUUUCCUGUCAUUUUGUGGCAUAUUUUUUAUUUCUUUUUUGUGUAUCUGCAUUUUUUUGUUUUCUGAAGUGAAAAUUCUUUAUAAAAUAAGAAAGAAUUGUAUUGUCACAAAUAGUUUUGUAUUAUCUUACAUGCAUGUUUUUGUUAACUGCACUGAAAUCCUCAGCAAAAUGUGAUUUUUGUUUUUAUUUUCUUUUUUUUUCUUUUUUUUUCUUUUUUAAAGAAUCAAAUAGUGCCAAAUGUUGUGCAUGUUGCCGUUUAUCACCAAUUCUUGUGUAUCUCUUUUUAUUUUUUUUACCCUCCUUUAUCUCUGGUGUAACAACAUAAAAAAAAUAAGUUUUGGUUUAAUAGUUCAGUCUUACUUGUCAAUUUGGCAGAUCACUCAGAGCCAUUAAUGGCCAUUUGAGUGAGUGCGUGUGAAUGUGCGGGAGACUGUGUCCUAAUCCUGUCUUUCAUUUGUUUUGUGAAAGGGAUCUUUUUGCAUCAGUGUUUACAAAUUCUAUAAGGUUUAGAGUCACUUCUACAGAAAAGGUAUCCCACACUAAAAAGGGCAUCAUGGGCCAAGACUUCCUUCCCAAAAGGCUUUUAGCCUGAAACCUUCUGCCCUCUCUCUCUCUUUCUGAAAAGCGAAUAAUAUCGGAUUUACUUUUAUUUUUUUCUUGAGUUUGGAAAAGAAAAAAUGUAAGUAUAUUCAUCCACAUAAUAGGUUAUUAGAGAAAAGAAGGCCCAUGCCCUGUCCCCUUUGUGAUGGUGGAUGCUGCUGGUAGCAGUUCUACUCCUCAGAAUUUAGAUUAUGAACACUCCUCACCUGCGACCUGGUGGCUCGGACCACCCUGCCACUCCUUUUUUACUUGUCGGCUCACAGUGUUGCCAACCACUUUUAUUUUCUUAUUUAGAGUUCCAACCCUUCACGUAGCCUUUGAAAACCUGUGGAAAAUGAUAGGGCACUUCCUGAUCCUGGGUUUAGUCACCCACUUUCCUCUGCCCAGCUGCUUUUAUUUUUUUUUUUUUCCUGAAUUCAUCUGAGAGAAACCUGUGGGAUUUUUUUUUCUUUUUCUUUUUUUUUGGUACCAAGUGAUUGUAUUUAACAUGAGGUUUUGUACAGUUUUGUUUUGUUUUUUGCCUUUUCUACUAGAAAAAACAUAUAAAAACUGUUUCACAAUGUGAACUGAAAAUGAACUGAAAACCUUGUAGAAUUUGCCACUAUGACCAAACUUAACAGUCUGUACUGCAGUAAGAUUAUGAAUUUUUUGGAAUAAAAGCUCUGUGAAGUCUUCAUUACUUCUAAUUAUUAAAAAAGAAAGCUUUUUUAUUUUUGAAAGUUGUUUGUGUGGUUUUGAUGUUAAACAAAAAGAAAAAAAAAAACUUAAAAAAAAAAAAAAGUUGCUUUUUUUUGAGCGCAGUUUGUGUAGUUACAAAUUUGAACAAGCGAGCCUUGGUUUACGGGGUUUCUUACUUUUUUGUCUUGACUGGGGUACUGAGCUGUUUUAAUUGCACACGCAGCAGGCACUUGUUUUGUAUGCCACGUGUGCUGCCAAUUCUUGUUAUUUACAAUUAAACUGUUUGAGAAGA